CUCUUCGAAGUUUAAUCUGUUCUAAGCUUUUCUACCUAAUUUCUCCUGUUUUGCCACUUUUUUUUUGCUUGAUUAAGGAUUUCUAGGUCUGCUGCAGAGGUUAUAGCUUGGGGCUAAUCAUUACUAGGAUAAAUUACAUGUUAAAUUUGAUUCCCGCAUUUGCCUUCAUGAAUUAUAUAUGAUCUGGGCUUGCUUUGCUUUUUUUUUUUUUCUUCUCAGUUUCUUCAUUUCAUGUCUGGUUGACCGGCGUGCUGAUUCUGAUCUUUGUGUAUUUCUGGGCUUGUUUUUGUUUAUAAUUUUUGCCUUUUUUCGGUUAAAUUAUGAAGCCCAAGCUGUAACAGUAGAUCCGUGCUCUCCGUUGUCCCGUUUCAGCCCGUCUAUAAGAGUGGAAUGCCCAUUUUGACCCUGACCCAUGUAGGUACUUAAAACAACUGUUUGAUGAAUCCCUAUAGGGCCCAUACUUAGGUAGGUUAAAGGGUGCAUGUAUUUGAAGUCUGAACUACUUGAAUAUGGGUUCGGCGUGGUGCUGGGCCAAGCGGUCUUGUAAUUGCAUAGGCAUUCACAUUUGGAGCCAAGAUGGCAACACCUGAAGAGAACAAUGCUCUGGUAAUGGUUACUCCAGACGCACAACCUAACAAGCGGAGGAAAAAGAAGUCCAUAGUCUGGGAACACUUUACAAUAGAAACUGUAAGUCCUGGAUGUAGAAGAGCGUGCUGUAAUCAGUGCAAGCAAAGUUUUGCUUAUAGCACAGGUUCUAAAGUAGCUGGUACUAGCCAUCUCAAGCGUCACAUUGCCAAGGGAACCUGCCCAGCACUACUACGCAAUCAAGGGAAUCAAUAUACCCCAGGAAGUGGAAAUGGCACUGCAUCUGAUACACCGAAACGUCGCUACCGUUCUCCUAGCUCACCCUACAUUUCGUUUGAUGCAGACCGUUGCCGUCAUGAAAUUGCUAAGAUGAUCAUCAUGCAUGACUACCCACUUCACAUGGUUGAACAUAGUGGGUUCGUAACUUUUGUUCAAAAUCUUCAGCCCCGAUUUGGCAUGGUGAGCUUCAAUACUGUCCAAGGUGAUUGUGUUGCAACUUACUUGAGGGAAAAACAAAAUGUAAUGAAGUUUAUUGAGGGAAUGCCUGGACGUGUUUGUCUUACAUUGGACACGUGGACAUCAAGUCAAAGUUUAGGGUAUGUUUUUGUAACUGGACACUUCAUUGAUAGUGAUUGGAAGCCACAUAGGCGGAUUCUCAAUGUUGUGAUGGAACCGUAUCCUGAUUCAGAUACUGCUCUCAGCCAUGCUGUUGCUUGUUGCCUUUCUGAUUGGAGUUUGGAAGGCAAGCUAUUUUCUGUUACAUACAAUCAUCCAGUGGGUGAACCUGGCCUUGAAAGUCUUAGAUCCCUGCUUUGCAUAAAAAAUCCCCUUAUUCUCAAUGGUCAAUUAUUGAUUGGGAACUGCAUUGCACAUACUUUAAGCAGCAUUGCGAAGGAUGUGUUAUGGGCUGGGCGGGAUGUUGUUAAGAAAAUCCGAGACAGUGUAAAAUAUGUAAAGACUUCAGAAUCGCAUGAGGAAAAGUUUGUUGAGCUUAAGGAACAACUUCAGGUGCCCACUGAAAGAAGUCUAUCUCUAGAUGAUCAAUCUCAAUGGAACACAACAUAUCUGAUGCUGGUAGCUGCAUCUGAGCUAAAAGAAGUAUUUUCUUGCUUGGACACUUCUGAUCCUGAUUACAAAGAGGCCCCUUCCAUGGAACACUGGAGGCAGGUCGAGACUGUAUGUGCUUAUUUGAGACCUCUUCAUGAUGCAGCCAACAUCCUUACCUCCUCCACAAAUAGCCCAACCGCGAUUACAUUCUUCCAUGAAGUAUGGAAGAUCCAGACUGAUCUGGCUCGUGCUGUUGCAAGUGAGGAUCCUUUUAUCAGUGUUAUUACCAAAGCAAUGCAAGAAAAGAUCAGCAAAUAUUGGAAGGAUUGCAGCCUGGUUUUGGCAAUUGCUGUAGUCAUGGAUCCCCGCUUCAAACUGAAGCUUGUGGAAUUCAGUUUUUCGAAACUUUAUGGCGAAGAUGCACCCACAUAUAUCAAGAUUGUUGAUGAUGGGAUCCAUGAGCUCUUUCUUGAAUAUGUGGCCCUUCCUUUGCCUCUAACUCCAACUUAUGCUGAUGAAGGAAAUACUGAGAACAACAUGAGGACAGAGGACCACCAGGGAACCCUCCUGUCAGACAAUGGACUCACAGAUUUUGAUAUGUUCAUCAUGGAGACUACUAGCCAGCAGAUGAAGUCAGAACUGGAUCAGUACUUGGAAGAGUCAUUAUUGCCCCGUGUGCAAGAGUUUGAUGUAUUAAGUUGGUGGAAACUGAACAAGCUGAAAUACCCAACUCUUUCAAAGAUGGCUCGAGAUAUUUUAACCAUUCCAGUAUCUACAGCUGGUCCAAAUUCUGUAUUUGAUACUGUGAACAAAGAGCUGGAUGAGUACCGGACUUCCUUGCGUCCGGAGACAGUAGAAGCGCUGGUGUGUGCCAAGGACUGGCUUCGCUUACAAGGCCAGCACUGGUCCUUUGUCUCACAGACUAGGUGGGCUAUAAUGCCUCUACUGCCAAUAUGAGACUCAACCAUUCAAGCCUCCUUUUAAAAUCUCUCUCUUUUGUCUUUUCUAACAGAAGAACUGAAGAAACUUAAGAACCUUGUCAUUGAUGCAAAAGAGCAGGGCAUAAAAGUAGUACCCGUUUUGAUUAUCAGAAUGCUGGGGAAGAAUGUCUUUCUCUUUCGGCUUGUAGAUUUAAAUGUGAGCUCUGUUUCUCAGGCACUGAACCAACUGACAGAUUUGCAGAAUGCCUGAGUGCAACUUGCACCUAAGAAGUUAUUUGCUGAUACUCGCAUUGAACAGCUCAUCCACAUGGACUUGGUAAGUUCUUGUGGUAUAAAAUAUAAAACAUGAAAUCUAUGUAUCCCUUCAAAUGCACAGCCAGCUCCACUAACUUUUUAAAGAUAAUUGCUAUGAUUUAUGUUAUUAAGAGUUGGCUUGACAAAACCGCUGCAAUUUUAAGCUAAGCUGUUGCCUUGGAUACCACACCCCCACUCUAGUCUAGCAAUUGUAGGAUAUGUAUCUGUUCAUGACAUGAUUGUGUAUAUUUCUGAAUAAACCAUUGUCAGUGCUGCCUGGCAAAGUUGCUGAUCAUUGCACAUAUUUGAAUUUAUGCACCCUUAGAAAUGCUUCUGUAAGCUUUCAGGAAGGACCUUUUUUUAAUGGGACUAUUAUCGGAGAAUUUUUAAAUU